AGGGAGAGGGAGAGGGAGAGGGAGAGAGCAUACCAAAAUUCUUCGCAUGAAUCAUUGAAAGUAGGCUACUGUCACCAUGUCAAUACCCAUUCCAGCAAGAUUGAAUAUCCAGCUCGUUCAUUGGUCCACGUGUUACCUUUUUACGCAACAUAAACUCUCUCCCGUCAUUCAAAUUCUCCUUCUCUUGUUCUCCAUUAUUGCUAUUACAAAACACACUCUCUAAAAGCACCAUUAAUCUCCUCUUUUCUUACACCCAAGAAACACAACAACUGAUCAAGAAGAAGAAUUAAAACCCUAGAAGAAGAUCAGGCCAUGGAAGUUGGAGUAAUGAAAAUGGUGAAUAAGGAAAAGUUGGGUUUGAAAGAGACUGAACUGAGGCUAGGGUUACCUGGAACUGAUGAAGAAAUUAUGGGCAAAAAUCUCAUCAUGAAUUCUAAUGGAAAAAGAGGGUACAAAGAAACUGUGGAUUUGAAGCUACACUUUUCUGAUAUGGAUCGAACUGAUGAUCGGAAAGAAAAGAAUUUGCACAAGGAGAAGACUCCUGCCAAGGCACAGGUUGUGGGGUGGCCACCGGUUCGGUCCUUCCGGAAAAAUAUUAUGGAGGUUCAAAAGAAUGGGUCCGAGGAGACAACCGACAAGACGGGGAUGGGUGGCGCAGCCUUUGUGAAGGUUAGCAUGGACGGCGCGCCUUAUCUUCGAAAGGUAGAUUUGAAGAUGUACACCACUUAUCAAGAGCUUUUUGAUGCCUUGGGCAAGAUGUUCAGUUCCUUUACAAUUGGAAUGAUGGACUUCAUGAAUGAGAGCAAACUUAUUGAUCUUUUAAAUGAUUCUGACUACGUGCCUACUUAUGAAGACAAAGAUGGUGAUUGGAUGCUUGUUGGUGAUGUCCCAUGGAAGAUGUUUGUUGAAUCAUGCAAGCGCUUGCGCAUUAUGAAGGGAACGGAGGCAAUAGGACUAGCACCUAGAGCCAUGGAAAAAUGCAAGAACCGAAGCUAAAUUGGCAAGUGCCAUAUCGGUGAUCUUUGUGGCAUUUAUCUGAAAAAAGGCAAAGCGAAGACACACUGGAUUCUGUCUGUAUUAUUUUCUUUUAAUUACAUGUGUAAUUUCUACUUAAUUUUAAGUAUUCAUAUAGUAUGGACCCAGACAAUAUAACUCUUCUCACGUAAGACUUGGUUUGUCUAGCUUGUUUAUUAUUAAUUAUCAGUCUAAUGAUGUCAUACUAUUCGGAUACAUUUUUAUAUAAUAAUUGAGUGUGUUUUGAAGCUUA